GGACCCAUCUUAACUCAUGCAGGAUUUAUAGAGAACCCUCACCUCCCCCAGACUCAGUCAAAUGCCUCAUCUCUACUCAUCCACUUCCUCGGGCACUCUUCAAGGAAAAUCCCAACAGACUCCUUUCUUCUCCCUAUCUCUCACGCGCAUCUUUUAGCAAUCAACAAUGUCCACUAACAAGAAAAGGUUCCUUCUCAACACAGUCUCACUGAACUUAGGCUGUAGCAGCUGCAAGAAACCAAAACUUUCCAACAUAUGCCAGCCAAAACCAAAACCAAAACCAAAACUCCAAACCCCGACUUACCAAAAACACAAAAAAGAUCUCUACUGCUCCUCUUCUUCAACCUCUUCAUCAAAAAUAACAACAAACCAAUCUCCAAAUGGCCAUGAAAAUCAUGACACCCCGAACACAUUUUCUCCAGCAAUGGACACACCACCGCAUUUCUUCUCCGACACAGGCAACAACAUGAAGUGUUCAACAGCUGUACGAGGAUUCGGUCGUGUUGGAGGUGAAAGUGUUGCUGUUGAGAAAGAUUCUGAUGACCCUUAUUUGGAUUUUAGACACUCAAUGUUGCAGAUGAUAUUGGAGAAGGAGAUUUACUCGAAAGAUGAUCUUAGACAGCUUCUUGAUUGUUUCUUGCAACUAAAUUCGCCUUACUAUCAUGGGGUUAUUAUUAGAGCUUUCACUGAGAUCUGGAAUGGAGUCUUCUCGAUGAGGACCGACACCUCUAGUACAGGUUCCGAGAAGCAACUACAUUAUUACUACGGUUGCUAGUCAUGUGAUUUAUGAAAUGGUACGUCCUUGCUGUUCUGCACGUGAAAGUUCUGUCUGAGCACAGAAUAUUCCUGUGUAGAAUGAAUGGUUGCUUAAUAAAGUGGAAGUCUUUUUUC